AUGCAUGUCUUUUCGCGAGUCGAGAUGUGGUGCAGGCGUCAGGCAGCGGCGGCCAUUUUGCCGUUGCUGUUAGCUGGAUGGUUGACCGGAGAGUCCUCUGAGGCAUUGACGACGUUCGGAAAGAGCAAUACCGACCCCCCCAAGGAGGUAGCACCGACACCCCCACCAGCUCGCUCCUGCAGUCGGCAGGCGGAGUGCGCCGGCAUCAGCAGUUCCUCGUGUGUGAGGACACACUACGACCCCGUGACACGCUGCCUCUGUGGCGACAACCUGCCCCCCAUCAACGGACAGUGCGAGGCGGUCACCAAACUGCUGUACCACGUGUGCUCGAACAGCGACGAAUGCAACGACGGCCUCAUCUGCGGGACGCCCAACAUCACCGGCCUGCCGCCCGCCCACCUGCGCGUGCAGCCGCCCGACACCAAGAUCUGUCUCUGUGACACCGAGAACGGGUAUCGAGAGAGGGAACAUACGUGCAGCGACGCCGACAUCCUGAAGACCUCGCUCCUGGCCGUCGUCCUCGUGACCUGUUUGAGGAAGCUCCUCGUCAACUAACCGAAGAUCUCUGCACCUACUAACGAUUAGUUAAGAGAUGGGACAUAAAACACGACAAAACUAUACAAGGAUGAUUUUACUUUGG